UCCACCUCAUUACUACAUAGUACAGUGGGUGUCCAUAAUACGGUUUUGAGGUUCAAGGUUUGAAGUAGUUAAUAAUUGAAAACCAUCAAUAGCAAAUACAAUUUAUCGAAGAUAGUUUAAUUCUAAUGUCAUCAUAUAAUUAAGCGUAUUUAAUAAUGUUUGGAAAGAAAUAGUAUUCGAUUCUUUUUGACACGUUGUACUAACCUACUUCGUCAUUUCAUCAAGCCGGCUCAACCGAGUUGUAACAAAAGUUAUUUAAGAAGAAAAGAAAGGGUAAUGUUAAAAGAUACACCAAUAGCAGUCACUAGGGAUAUGUGGUCAAGUAAAGAGUAAAGUAGCAAAAGAUUACUGUAAUGAGUGCCAUGGGAUCGGAUGUGCAAGGCUCUCUAAAAGAAGCCUUGUACGAAACAUUAACUGGAAUUCUGUCUCCACAUCGAGAGACUCGUCAGGCAGCAGAGCAAAGAAUCCAAGCAUUAGAAGUUACAGAGGAAUUUGGUAUACAUUUAACAGAAUUUGUGGUAAAUCCCCAUGGACAUUUACCUAUAAGACAAUUGGCUUCUGUACUAUUAAAGCAGUAUGUUGAAACACAUUGGUCUUCCGUGGCUGAAAAAUUUCGCCCACCUGAAAUAAAGCAUGCCACAAAAGAAAAAAUCAAAGAAUUACUGCCUCUAGGCCUUCGAGAACCUAUUAGUAAGGUACGUACAGCUGUGGCUUACGCGAUAUCAGCCAUUGCUCAUUGGGAUUGGCCAGAAAAUUGGCCGGGUUUGUUUGAUAUACUUGUUAGUUGUUUAAGCGGAGAAAGCGAAUAUGCUGUGCAUGGAGCAAUGAGAGUUUUAACAGAAUUCACGUCUGAUCUUACCGAUAAUCAAUUGCCUAAUGUGGGUCCAGUCAUUUUACAAGAAAUGUACAGAAUAUUUCAAAGCGAAAAUCAAUAUUCUAUUAGAACUCGAGGUCGCGCUGUUGAAAUAUUUACAACAAUUACGACACUGGUCGCUGCUACAGGCGUGUAUCAGAAAGGAUUCACAGAGCAAUACCUGCAACCAGUUAUUCCCAUGUUCUGCGAAAAGUUUGUUCAAUGUUUAAGAAUGCCUGAUGGUCCAACUAGUGAUAGCGGACUUAAAACUGACGUUAUCAAAGCUAUAAAUUGCCUUGUUACUAAGUUGCCCAAGUACGUUUCAAAUUUCUUACCGCAAAUGUUGCCACCUGUUUGGGAAACUUUAACGCAAAGCGCAAAAAUGUAUCAAGAAGGAACCGUGAACGGUGACAGAGAAGAAAAUGACAAAGAAGUCGAUUCGGAUGGCGAAAUAAUUAAUUUCAACAAUCUGAUCAUCGCGAUAUUCGAAUUCGUUCACUCUAUAGUGGAUCGUAAAAGAUUCUCGAACCUCUUAGAUAACUUGUUGCAAGAAGUGAUGUAUUAUCUAAUAAUAUUUAUGCAAAUAACUGAAGAUCAGAUCGAAUUGUGGACGACGAGUCCCAACCAAUUCGUCGAAGAAGAGGACGCGUUCGCUUACAACGUCCGUAUUUCCGCACAAGAACUCUUAACGGCGCUUGUUAAUUAUUCCGAAGAAAAGGCAGUAAAUGCUCUUUGCGAGGUGGUCACGCGUCACAUCGAAGCAACGAGUAGAUUGCAAAGCGCAAACGAUGGUAGUAAGAACGAGACAUGGUGGAAACUAUGCGAAUCUUCCAUUUUGGCCUUAAGUAAAAUAAAGGACGCUGUUGUAGAGAGGCAUAAGGCUGGCAUACUUCAGUUCGAUAUUAUUGGAUUUUUAGAUACAGUUGUUUUAGCUACUUUAAAUGAUUCAGAGGCACCCCCGUUACUUCUUGGUCGUUGUUUAUGCGUCGGUGGAAAGUAUGCAGAGAUAAUGCCACCAGAAAUGAGUUCACGGUUUCUGGAAGCAACUGUUAACGGCCUACAAGAAAAUCAGCCCGCUUGCAUCCGUAUUAGCGCGGUGAAAGCUAUUUAUUGGUUUAGCAGAGCGUCAACUACGGAAACAAACAGCACAAUCGCCAACAUCAUACGAUCCCAUUUGCCAAACAUAUUUCAAGGACUUUUCAAUCUAGCUAAUCAACCGUCCACGGAGGUUCUGACGUUGGUCAUGGAAACUCUUCAAGAGUUGAUUACGUUGGAUAAAGCAUUCACUGCUUCGGUGGAAAGUAAAAUAUGCCCCUUAACUAUAGCAGUGUUCUUAAAAUUCUUUAGCGAUCCAAUGAUAUUGACACUGUGUCAAGACAUAUUCAAGAGUCUGACUCAAAAUCCCGAUUGCAUAGGACCGCUGCAGACUCGUCUCAUACCAACGCUGACAAGCAUGAUGGCGAUACCACCUAUGGACAAAUCGAAGGAUGAGCGAUGUCGAGACGUAGCCUUGGACGUCUUACAAGUCCUGGUGCAAUAUUCACCGAGACCAUUGAGUAGCGCGUUGGUCGAAACUGCUUUUCCUGCGGCAUGUCAUUGUAUUCUCAAUUCAGAGGACAACGAGACGCUGCAGAGCGGUGGCGAAGUGAUACGCACGUACUUGUCCGUCGCGGCUCGUCAAGUCACCAUUCACCGAGACAACGACGGCCAAACGGGUUUGCAGUACAUACUGCAGAUAAUCGCUCAACUACUGAAUCCACAGUCGAGCGAGUUUACCGCUACUUUUGUUGGUCGAUUGGUGACAACCUUGAUCAGGAGAGCGGGUAACACUUUGGGCGAGAAUCUAGAUCUGUUGCUGAAGGCCGUGCUGAGUAAAAUGCAACGAGCUGAAACGUUGACCGUGGUGCAGAGUUUGCUCAUGAUUUACGCUCAUUUGAUAAACACGGAGUUCGACGCUGUCCUAAACUUUUUGUCGACGGUGCCUGGACCCACGGGACAGAGCGCUCUCGCGUUCGUUCUCAGCGAAUGGGUCAGCAGGCAGCAUCUGUUCUUCGGCAGAUACGAUCGCAAGGUGGCGACUGUCGCGCUUUGCAAAAUAUUGGAGUAUGGCGUCACUCACGGCGACAGUAGACUAAACGAAAUCACCGUUAAGGGAGACGAGAUAUUUUCAGGAAACGAAGGCGUGAGGACUAGGAGCAAAGCCGAAUCACAGCCUUAUCAGUGGACCACGAUACCGGUUCUAGCCAAAAUAUUCAAAUUGAUCAUUAACGAGCUAGCGAACGACAUCGAAGCGGUUGCUGCGAAUCAGGACACGGAUGAAUCCGACGACGACGAGGAAGAUGACGAUGAGAACGCAUUCCUAGAUCCGGGCUACGAAACCAUGUUGCUAUUGGAGAAAGCUGCGAACGAAGCAGAGGAAGACGAGGACGAUCCAGAGUUGUUACAAGAUUCCAUUUACCAUUUGAAUCUCAGCCAAUAUCUACGAGAUUUCUUGCUGAACUUUUCUACCCAUCACUGUUUCCCAGCGUACGUUCAGCACCUGAAUAUCCCGGAACGGAAGAUUCUGAGCAGUUUAAAUAUCAAUACGUCGUUUAUGUCAUGAAUAAAUAGAUAUAUUGAUGAUGAAAUUUUUGAUUUUCGUAAUAAAAUAUGCGAUUCUUCAUA